AUGGUGGCCUUCUUCCCCUACCUCAUUGCUGCGCUCGCGCUCUUCCUCCCCGCCGUCUCGGCGAAGACCGUCUUCGCCCACGUCGUCGUUGGCAACACCGCCGCUCACACCCAAGAUACCUGGGCGACUGACAUUUCGCUCGCCAAGGCCGCUGGUAUCGAUGCCUUCAUCCUCAAUAUUGCUACUGGAGACAGCAAUGUUCCUACGCAAGUCAGCAAUGCCUUUGCCGCGGCCGACGCAGCCAACAACGGUUUCAAACUAGCCUUCUCUUUCGACUAUGCUGGAGGCGCGGGCGCAUGGCCUGCCACCGGGGACAGCUCUGUUGUUUCUUACCUAAACCAGUACAAGAGCCAUCCGUCCUAUUUCCUCUACAACAACAUACCAUUCGUGUCCACGUUCGAGGGAACAGGCAAUGUGGGCGACUGGGCCCAAGGAGGGACUAUCCGCUCUGCUGUGGGGGAUCUCUAUUUUGUCCCGGAUUGGACCAGUCUUGGCCCUGGUGGAAUUGGCGCUGAUUUGAACAACAUUGAAGGCUUCUUUAGCUGGGAUAUGUGGCCGCUAGGGGCGACGAAUAAGACUGAUGAUUCGGAUCUGGCAUGGAAGUCUGCUGUAUCGGGGAAGACUUAUAUGAUGGGGGUGUCGCCAUGGUUUUUCCACUCUACUGGCUCUGCUGGUCAACCCGCGUGGGUCUGGAGAGGUGAUGAUUUGUGGGCAGACAGAUGGGCACAAACACUCCAAGUCAACCCUGAUUUCGUUCAGAUCGUGACUUGGAAUGAUUUCGGCGAGGCUCAUUACAUAGGCCCCAUCCACGACUCGAGCGAAAUUCCCAGCGCCUCUCAAGUCUACGUCAACAACAUGCCCCACGACUCCUGGCGUGACUUCCUACCUUACUACAUCGCCCAAUACAAGGGUGACACCAGCCCCCCUAUCCCGCGCGACCAGAUGCAAUACUGGUACCACACGGCCCCCGUCGCUGGCGGCAGUACAUGCGGCGUCAAUGGUUACAGUAAUUCGGACCCAGCAGCAGAUCAAGGAACCUCCGCCAACGCCGUUGUGGAGGACGCCGUCUUCUUCAGCGCGCUGCUGACGGCAGAUGCCGAAGUUCAGGUCCAGAUCGGCAGCCAUCCCCCGGUGAGCUACAGUGGGGUCAGGGGUAUCAACCACUGGAGCCAGCCGUUUAAUGGCCAGAUUGGCGUGCCGGUUUUCAGCGUGGUUCGGAAUGGCCAGACGGUGAAGAGCAGUACAGGAACGGCGGAGAUCACGGCGUCGUCGACUCUAAGCAGCGGCUGCACGAAUUACAACGCAUGGGUCGGAAGUUUCUGA